AUGGCUCGAGUCAAGGGCCAGGCAAGGGAAGAUGAAGGCAACUUUGGAAAUAUGGUCAAUGGCCCUAGCUUUAGUCUGGCUAGUUAUGUAAGUUCGGCGGAAGCACUUGAUGAUUACGAGGGAUCAGAGCUUGGUGACAUACUCGGUCGGUGGGAAGACAAAUACCAAGAUACUCGGGAUGAUAACUCCCAAAAUGCCGAAAAGAGUUUCCAAGGGGGAAAAUGA